ACGACGUAGUUUAUGUCCACUUCCUCAGGGAGCACACAGUCAGGAUAUACGUGCGCUGGGGUAGGAUGGCUGCUCUUGGGUUUCACUCUGUGUAUAAUAAAAGAUUUUCGGUUCCUUUGAGGAAGAAACGGAAAAAUGAAUACGAUGCGGAUGAAGAAGCUAGAUUGGAAAAAAUCGUUUUUGGUGAUCCAAGUGAUGUCAUAAAUAAUUUACUGGAUGAUCAAUCUAUGACAAAAGUAAUAAACGAACCCAUUGAUAUUAAAAAUGAAAAAGAAAGAGAAAGUGAUGAAGAUCAAGAACCUUUAGUUUUAAAUAAUGAAGAGGAUGCCAAUCGGGAGGAAAAGAAAGCAGUAUGGAUAGAUGAUGAUGAUUACAAUUAUACCAUGGAUAUAGCUCAAAGAGAACAGAAAUGCAAAUUACCAUUCAAAAGAACGGAAAAAUUAUAUACAACAUACUUAGAGAAUAGAUACAAAUUGUUUGUGGGUACUCCAAAAUGGGCUGAAUUUGAGAAAAAGGAUGAAGCCAAUGACUUCGAUAAUGAUAUCUUGAAGCAUAGUUGCCAUCUAGAGACAUCAAGUGUCAAGAAUCUGCCAAAAAAUAUUAUUGACAUCAAAGCACUCAAAGCUUUGAAUAAGAGCACUCAUACGGAAGGUCCUAUUAUCACGAGUGUAGAUUUUCAUCCAUCGUCCACUGUAGCUCUGGUUGCUGGUACAUCAGGCAUCUUGUCAUUAUUUCAAGUAGAUGGUCAUACAAAUGGUAAAUUGCAUAGUAUGCAAUUUAAAAAAUAUCCAAUUAGCAAAGCAAUAUUUAUGAAAAAUGGAACAGAAAUCUUGCUUGGUUCUCAAUAUUAUCCAUAUUGUCAUACUUAUGAUUUAAUGAGUGGCAAAAGUUAUAAAUUACCUUUACCACAUGGAAUUACAAAUAUGAAACAUUAUGAAGUGUCUCCUGAUGGCAGUUUAAUAGCAUUAUGUGGAAGAUUGGGUGAAAUAUAUUUAUUACAUAAUUCUACAAAAGAACUUAUCAGUACGCUUAAGAUGAACUCGAAAUGUAGAACAUUAAUAUUUAGUCCAGAUAAUAGGACACUUAUCACGCAUGGUGGGAGUGAAAUGUAUGUGUGGGAUCUCAAUACUCGAACAUGUAUUAAUCGCGCCAUAGACGAUGGAUGCAUAUCUUGCGCGUCACUCGCCGUAUCUCCAAGUGGCCAGUUUAUAGCUACAGGUAGCGCUCAAGGAGUGGUUAAUCUUUAUGACUCAAAAGCUGUUUUAGAGAAUCAAAGUCCGACACCUUUAAAAAUAGUGAUGAAUCUUGUAACUAGUGUAACAAGCUUAAAGUUUAAUCCGACAUCCGAGAUAUUGAGUGCGGCAUCAGUUGAUAAGCAUAAUGCAUUUAAAAUGUUGCACAUACCUUCGUUUACUGUAUUUUCGAACUUUCCAACAUUUCAAACUAAGAUAGGUCUACCGCAAAUGAUUAAUUUUUCUCCUGGCAGUGGUUACCUCAGUAUUGCUAAUAGAACAGGUUCUGCUUUGUUAUAUAGAUUAAGACAUUAUGGAAAUUAUUAACUAUAUAAUAAAAUAUUUA